UUUUUUGGAGUCACAGAGAAUUCCUGGCCUUUCCACGAUGGGAGAAAGGACUGAUGGUACCAAGUCUCAUAACUCACUGGCUGAGUACAGCCCAGUCGAUAAAUCGGACAAGACAGAUCCCAGUGACAGCUCUGAAAUGCCUGAUGGAAACCAAAAUACAAUGCAACUGAAGAAAGAAAUAUCAUUGCUAAAUGGGAUAAGCCUUAUAGUAGGCAACAUGAUUGGUUCAGGUAUCUUUGUCUCUCCCAAAGGAGUUCUCAUCUACAGCAAAUCUUACGGAUUGUCUCUAAUAGUUUGGGCAAUUGGAGGGAUUUUUUCAGUCUUUGGAGCUCUCUGCUAUGCUGAGCUCGGAACCACUAUUACCAAGUCUGGAGCAAGCUAUGCUUAUAUCUUGGAGUCUUUUGGGAGCUUCAUUGCUUUUAUUCGUUUGUGGACCUCACUCCUAAUUGUUGAGCCAACUAGUCAGGCGAUCAUUGCCAUCACCUUUGCUAACUACCUAGUUCAACCUUUCUUCCCUUCUUGUGAUCCUCCAUAUUUUGCUUGCCGUCUGAUAGCAGCUGCUUGUGAAUGUCUUCUAACAUUCGUAAAUUGUGCCUAUGUUAAGUGGGGAACACGGGUCCAGGAUGUAUUUACUUACGCUAAAGUCAUUGCUCUUAUUGCCAUCAUCAUAACUGGACUUGUUAAAAUCUGCCAGGGACAUUCAGCACAUUUUGAGAACUCUUUUGAGGGAUCCUCUUUUGAUAUUGGAGACAUUUCCCUUGCCCUCUAUUCUGCCUUGUUCUCUUACUCUGGUUGGGAUACGCUCAAUUUUGUAACAGAAGAGAUCAAAAACCCGGAAAGGAACUUGCCCCUGGCUAUUGCUGUGUCUAUGCCAAUCGUGACUGUUAUCUACAUUAUGACCAACAUAGCUUAUUACACAGUGCUGGAUGUUAAUGAUGUUCUUGCUAGUGAUGCGGUGGCAGUG